ACCUGAGCCUGUCACAUUCACCAACCCGGAAGCUGCUGUGCACAAAUCUCAGACUGUGUAGGGAGCUGGCCUGCAGUCCCUUCCAGGGGGUCCUGAGCCAAGGUCCCCAGGAACGCGCGGCUCCUCAUCUGCUGUAGAGGGGAAUCUCCGGACCACUUGAAGAGUCUCUCAUCUGCUGGUUGGGAGCUAAUAUAACAACUGCAACACUGGGAGUAGGUUUGGCUGGCUGGCAAUGGGUAAUCUCAUUAAGGUGCUCUCCAGAGACUUAGACCACAAUGCCGCUCAUUUUUUCUUGGACUUUGAAAGUAUCUAACAUGGGGAACCUUCUUAAAGUUUUGACAUGCACAGAUCUUGAGCAAGGGCCAAAUUUUUUCCUUGAUUUUGAAAAUGCUCAACCUACAGAGUCCGAAAAGGAUAUUUAUAAUCAGGUGAAUGUAGUAUUAAAGGACGCAGAAGCAAUCCUGGAUGAUUUACAGUCAUACCGAGGAGCAGGUCUGGAGAUCCGAGAGGCAAUACAACAUGCUACUGAUGAAAAGUUACAAGAAAAGGCGUGGGGCGCGGUGGUUCCUCUGGUUGGCAAGCUAAAGAAAUUCUAUGAAUUCUCACAGAGACUAGAAGCAGCAUUGCGAGGCCUCCUAGGAGCACUGACCAGCACCCCUUACUCCCCAACACAGCACCUGGAGCGAGAGCAGGCUCUUGCCAAACAGUUUGCAGAAAUCCUUCACUUCACUCUCCGCUUUGAUGAGCUCAAGAUGACAAAUCCUGCUAUUCAGAACGAUUUCAGCUAUUACAGAAGAACUUUGAGUCGUAUGAGGAUCAACAACGUCCCAGCAGAGGGAGAAAACGAAGUUAACAAUGAACUGGCCAAUAGGAUGUCAUUAUUCUACGCUGAGGCCACACCCAUGCUGAAGACCUUAAGUGACGCCACAACGAAGUUUGUAUCGGAGAACAAGAAUUUACCUAUAGAAAAUACCACUGAUUGUUUAAGUACCAUGGCCAGCGUGUGCCGAGUAAUGCUGGAAACUCCGGAAUACAGGAGUCGGUUUACAAAUGAAGAGACUGUGUCCUUCUGCCUGAGAGUGAUGGUGGGAGUAAUCAUCCUGUAUGAUCAUGUGCAUCCUGUGGGAGCUUUUGCCAAGAUGUCCAAGAUUGAUAUGAAAGGAUGCAUCAAGGUUCUGAAAGAACAGCCCCCCAACAGUGUAGAAGGUCUCCUCAACGCUCUCAGGUACACAACGAAACAUUUGAAUGACGAGACUACCUCGAAGCAAAUCAAGGCAAUGCUGCAAUAACGGUGGUGCCAAGUGCAUAUCUGCUGUGGACACAAGACAGUAUUCUGCAAUGACUGAGGCGUCCAGGAUCUUAGUGAUUGCGAUGACCAUUUCUGCCCGGCUCUUUUUAUUUCCCCAUUCCUGCUCUCUAUCAACUGUCCUUUCUUUACCCUCUUUUUUAAACCACGUCCUUGUUCUUUUUUGUGCCAAAAUCAAUGGAAAUAAAACCUGGAAGGCAGUUAAACGUUUUGAAAGAUGGCCGUUUCAGUGGCAGCUAUUUAUGCAUUGCGUUUGGUUUCCUCUUUUCAGGAGGAAAGAUUUUGUGACUUGAACUAAAUAUUUUUAAACUGUAUUUUUUGUUGUUGUUUUCCCAGAAAAUAAACUAAUAUUUAAUAUUGCUUAGACUGCAUGGCGGAACUGCCUAUUUCUGCUGUUAAGAAAAUAAAUAAAAAUAAAAAAUACAAGAUUUUUUUUUUAUAUUGCAGCUUUUUUUUUUUACUUUUUAUUAUUUUUUUUGCCCAUGCACAACCAAGAAAAAAAUAAAAUGAGCAGAGGUGUUUAAAUUAACUGUUGUAUAGAAUAUGGUACCCAGCACAAUGAUAUUUUUUUUUUUGGAUUAGAAAAACAAAAACAAAAAACAGAUGUUUUUAGGUUGCAUUUUGACUCAUUUUUGUAAGGAUGUAUGUUGUAUGUUUUAAUCUUUGAUGACUAACAUAAAAAUAAUGUGAUGUGUGCGUAACGGAACUACGUAUGCAUGUUUAUGUCCAAUGGAUGGCUGUUAAAAUAAUAAUAAAAAAAAGAAAAAAUCGGCUUUCA